GUUUGUAGUUGGUGAAAAGAUGUAAAGUGAAAUUAUGUUGCCAUUGUGGGCUAACAUGCUUAGUGUUUACAGAUUAAUGGUUGGUUAUUGUUGAUUCUCAAAGUAAUUUGGGGUUCGAUUGAACAAAUUAAACACUUAAUAUCAAUGUUAUCUUCAAAAAAAUACUUUGAAACCAUUGAGGAAGCUUCAGUUGAGAGUUUCAAUGCUAUUAACAUUGCUAAAAACAAUGGAGUGUCAGGUGAUGACAAAGCGGUUAAGACAACUAAGAGUUUAGAGUUGUUCAAAAUUUGUUACAAUCUUGUGACAAUUAUUGGGUUUUUAUGGCAAGUUUAUUCGGUUAAUUACAUUUAUCUUCAAUAUAAUACGGUUGUUAAUAUUAUUGUUUCCAAGAUGACCCAUUAUAAUAUGCCAGGAAUCACCAUCUGCCUUGAUUAUGACAUGGAAGACAAGGAAACCUUUAAACUAUUUUACCCUGAUCACAACAUGGACAACUAUUCACCAGAUGAUUUACGUCUCAUCUUUUUGCAAACCCCAAUACAUUCAAUUUAUCGUAAUGCUCAUACUGUUGGAAGAGUGUCCAUCAACUGUACAGUCAAAUGUUCCCGUGAUUCCCGAUUCGUCAAACCCAGUUCAUCCUUUCAAUCAACUUCUUUCGAUUCAGCUUCAUUUUGUGUUGACAUUCCUUGUUCAAUUUACUCUAAGCCCAUUGAAACUUUAUCCUGGGCUCGUAACAAUGUUAUCCGUCGCUGUACAACCUAUUUCACUUGGAACUCAACAUCAACACCUUUACGGGAAUACAGUGAGGAUGGUCGUGAGUUGAUUGAGUUCAAUGUUGCCUCCAAUGGUUCAGCUGUUGUCAUUUUUGCCAUGCAUUCCGGUAAAACAUUACCUUGGACUGAACGAGAGGAUUUCUCUUCAUUGGAUAUUGAUCGAUAUCGACGAUUCACCAUCGACUAUUCAGUAAUCAUUUUUGAACUUCUUCCUCGUCCGUAUAAAACCAACUGUUCCCAUUACAUUGAAUACGGUGUCUUUGGUAGAACUUAUUGUGUCCAUUCAUGUGAACGUUCGAUGUUUAGACGUGAAAGAGGAACUUGGCCUCUUGAUGUGCCAGCUCCUGUGAACACUUCACUAUCUUUUUUCCCUCAUGGAUCUGGCUUAAGACGUGAAAGAGCCUUUCCUCUAAAGACCUUUGCUGCUUGCUCUAAAUCAUGUAUCCAACCGGAGUGUUCAUCUUACAUCAUUACUUUCACAACCAAAAACCAAGAUUUCAUCCCGAAUCAUGAUAAUAAAACACAGCUAAGGUCAUCCAUCUUUGUAAAUCGACCCCGUUCCUACGCUAUUAGCUACAUCCAUUCCCCUGCAAUCAAUUUCAUUGAAUAUUUUACUUAUAUUAGUGGAUCAUUUUCACUCUGGUUUGGUUUAUCUGCUUUAUCUAUCUUUAAUGUUUUACCAAGAAUCUGUGAAGGUAAUAAAAAACCAAUGAAACGUCCAAUUGCAGUUGACAAAUUAGACAAAAGAUUUUGGCAAACAUCGAAGUAUGUGAAUGGAUUUUAUUCAAAUUAUAAGCAUAUUGAGACCAAAGUAAUAUUUGAUAAUUCAAUGGACUUAUCUCACGAUUCAAAUCCAACGGAUAAAUCAAUCGACUCAACAAAUCCGAUUUUCUUGUCAAUGAUUUCAACUGGAAGGAGAGGAAAUGGUAAAAAGCAUUCAUUAACCACAGUUUUCCAAACCUUUGAAGCACACAGAAUCAUAUAUUGAACAAUCUGAAGACAUUUAAUGCUGUUUUAUGCUGCAUAGACUAUUAUGAAAUGAUUAAUCCCUGUUGUCAUUAAUUGUAAUUUAAUUAAAUUAUCAUAAUACACUCAUGAAAGUGAGAUAUUGAAGUUACAAACCUUAUCGCACAGUUUGUUGGUGACUUCGCUGUUUUACAUCAAGGAUGAGCAUCGGACUUUUUAACUUUCAUUAAUGACAUCGAAAGUUAAUUAUCAUCUCGAAAACAUCAUUUUAUACCAUAUUCGACCACUCAAAGAGUCAUAUCAAUGGAAAAUUAAUUAAUUUGUUGCUAAAUGCAUUUACCAAGAAUUGUUACCUUCGAGAUAAUGAUUAACUCUUGAAAU